UUCACGGGAUCUGCCGUCAUAAAGGCUGACAUGGGAGAAAUCCUAUGACAUCAAGAUCAAGUUCAAAAUCAGUCCCGCGUUUGUUGUUGUCGCCGGGAAGUCAUGUCUGAGGACUCCAACUCGGCUAUUUUAGAUCCUAUAUCCAACGUGACCGAAGGAUGCCGCCUCCCAGUCCUUAUGAUCAAUGGCGAGGAUUGGCGUAAGUCAGGACACUCAACACUUGCAGAGGUAAUCAGUAUCAAGGAUCUGGAGGACAAGAAGCUGUUUUAUGUUCAUUACAUUGAUUAUAACAAGAGAUUAGAUGAGUGGGUUGAUGAAGAUCGACUGGAUCUGCGGAAGAUCCAGUACCCACGCCGAGAUUUGGCCUCCUCCACUACCACCGGCCUCAACACGCCCAAGAAAACUUUGACAGGAGCAACCAACUCUCGGCCCUCCUCCCCUGGACUCACAAACCCAGACCCAAUCACUGGCCCUUCUGUGUUAGCUGCCCUGCAGCAAAAGCAACAGAAGAUCAAAAAGAGAAAGUUGGAUCACAAUGAGGAAGAAGAUGGCCGCAGAGCAUCCAUUGGUUCUCUGGGGGGGUCCAUUGGGAGCUCCAUUGGAGGUUCCAUUGGGAGCCUGGGGGACAUUGAAAUUCCUCCACUCACUCCCCUCACCCCCCUCACGCCACUCACCCCACAACAGACGGUCCCACGCCAGACCGGCUCCCUGGCCACCCACUCAGAUGACCAUGCCAUCACCCGCAUCAAGAACAUGAAAAUGAUUGAGCUGGGGAAAUACAGAAUAAAGCCUUGGUAUUUUUCACCAUAUCCACAGGAGAUAACUAAUUUAGACUGCAUAUACAUCUGUGAAUACUGCCUCAAGUAUCGGAAGAGUAGAAAGUGCCUCGAGAGACAUCUUCACAAGUGUCCCUUCAAACACCCGCCCGGAAAUGAAAUCUACCGCAAAGGGUCAGUUUCCUUCUUCGAGCUGGAUGGCCGCAAGAACAAACUCUACGCCCAGAAUCUCUGCUUACUCGCCAAGCUUUUCCUGGACCACAAGACUCUCUACUAUGACACUGACCCCUUCUUGUUUUAUGUCAUGACGGAGUGUGACAUGCGAGGAUACCAUAUUGUUGGCUAUUUCUCAAAGGAGAAGGAGUCCUCGGAAGACUACAAUGUGGCAUGCAUCUUGACCUUGCCUCCUUACCAGCGGAAAGGUUAUGGCAAGCUGCUCAUUGAAUUUAGUUAUGAAUUGUCCAAGUUUGAAGGUAAAACUGGGUCCCCAGAGAAGCCACUGAGUGACUUGGGGUUGCUCUCAUAUCGGUCCUACUGGAAACAGACCAUACUGGAAAUUUUGAUAGCACUGAAACCUCAAGAAGGCCAAGAGAAACCUCAACUCACCAUCAACGAAAUCUGCGAACAGACCAGCAUAAAAAAAGAAGACGUGAUAUCAACGCUCACCAACUUGGAGCUGAUCAACUACUACCGGGGCCAGUACAUCCUCACUCUCAAUAAGGAGCUGGUCGAGAGCCACAGGAAGGUCAUGGAGAGAAGAAAAAUCAGAAUAGACUCCAAAUACCUGCACUGGACACCUAAGGACUGGGCCAAGCGGGGAAAAUGGUAGCUGAGAGAGCCGUGCAGGCAAGCAAUGUGAUAGCAGCCAGUGGAGGAAAAGGAUACAUUGCCUCCGUUGAAUUCUGGUUUGCAAGUUGUAUAUGUAGUUUAAGGUAUUGUAGAUACGUGGAGAGGAAUAAAAGUUAAAGUAAAGUCA